CUACUAUCAUGCCCGUAACAUAAAAUGUUAAAGAAGAAGACGCAAUGGGCACGUUCGUAAAUUCGCUCUGGCUAUCUACUCCGAUUUCAGAGCACUCCCGUCUGAGAGAGCAGAAUAACUGAUUAAUUUAGGAACGCACCCAACGUAAGAGACUUCCUAUUGCAAAGCAUGUUGGUACUUGUGUACACUUCUAAAUAAUGUAGCUAGGUUUUAGAGCCACCAGCAGUUAUUUUGUGUCAUUUCUUGAAAUUAUAUCGAUACUGCUACACUUCUAUAUGUACAAAACGUAUUGACGGGCUGAAAUUCAACAAACAUCGGUAUGGCGGAGGGUGUCGGUAACGCAGUGAAUCUUCCCCCCGGAGAUCCGCAACUCAUCGGGCUCAUCGUGGAGCAUCUCAAGAACCGAGGCCUGUUCGACGAGUUCCGCAGAGACUGCCUGGCAGACGUGGAUACAAAGCCUGCCUACCAGAAUCUACGACAGAAAGUUGACAACUUCGUCUCUACUCAUUUGAACACCCAAGACUGGAACCCAUCAAUCAACAAAAAUCAAGUGCGAAAUGUGCUAAGACAAAGCGUCGUGCAGUCAGGCAUGCUGGAGUCCGGAGUGGACAGAAUCAUCACCCAGGUGGUGGAUCCCAAGCUUAACCACACCUUCAGGCCCCACAUUGAGGAUGCCAUUCACGACUUCCUGUCUGCUGAGAAGAAGGAGGAGGGUCCAUCCAACACUCCAUCAGAGACAGAACAGCAAGAGGCUCCAAGCCACACUGGACCCAAAACACCAUGAGGUGCAGAGAAACAUAAUCUGCUAAAGGUAGACUUUUCUAGAGCUCCAUCAGACUGGACAAGGAACUCCAACUUUAAAAACUAGUGUGGAGGAAUCAUGGCGCAAGAGGUUUCCACAACUCUUAGUCAUUCUUCAUGUGGAGAAACCAAGCCAUGGAUUUUAGCAGUCAAUGCUGGACACAGGAGGACUUGUGCAAAUGACACUUUAUUGUGUAGUUAGCACAAUGGGCUAAAUAUGCAAUUUUUUACUUCCAGAUAAAGUUGUAUAAAUUGCUCUGAUUUAAAUUGCAUUUGUGGUUAUUGAAUUAACAAUAGAAUGGUCACUUUUAUUUCUUAAAAGCCAGAAGUAGUCAUUGUUUGCUAACUGAUUUUUUCCCCGCAAUGUUUAGCAACUUUUCUUUGUGAAUUUUGUAAAUAAAUGUUUUC